AUGAGUUUAUACUCGUACAACAACUCUACUGAAUUAGGUAAUGGUACUCAAAGUGAAAAUAACGUAUCAAAUGCUGGCCAAUAUAUUAUUUCUUCAGCUUAUGUACUUAUAGCUGUCGUCUCAGUUGUAUCCAAUUCAAUGUUUUGCAUCAUCCUUUACAAGAAGAAAUCACCAACUGCAAAAGCUACUGAAUAUCUGUUUCUGAAUUUAGCUGCUACUGAUAUGCUGAGCGGUAUAUUACUGAUUGUUGUACCGGGUUUUGUUAUACCAAUACCCGAUUAUCCAAUCCCUCAUGUUGGCCUUGAAUUAUUUUGUCGCUUGAUUUGGUCAAAUGCACUAUUUUUUAUGCUAGGUUUUAUCUCAGUAUGGACAUUAUUAGCUAUCUGUGUCGAUCGAUGGUUUGCCAUUGCUAUGCCGUUUUCUUAUAAGGAAAUUUGUACGAAGAGAAAAGCGUUAAUCACUAUCAUAAUAAUAUGGAUCGCUAAUAUUGGGCUUGCCAUGGAUAAUUUCCUAGAUAGAACUGCUGGUCCUAAUGGUACGAAAUGUGUAUUUUUUAUAUGGGUAAACCCCGCCGAUAAAGCAGCCGUUGUAACAGCGCUCCAAGUCGUUCGUAUAUUUAUACCAAGUCUCCUUAUUGCGGUUGUUUAUCUAGAUAUUGGACGUCGAAUACUUCAUUCUAGCUAUCGAAAAAAGGUACGAGUUGAACCCCCCAAAAAUACUAUUAUUCGCAGUUCUCAACGUGAUGCGCUUAUUCGCAAACAAGUAACAGUCAUGAGUUUUAUAGCUGCCGUUGUUUUCUUAAUUUGUUGGUUACCGAAUGAAAUUUAUUACACCAUGGCAAUACACGAUCCAAGAUUGUUUAAAAAUAUUACAAUUCGUCGUAUUACUAAAUUAUUGACAGGACUUAAUUCAACUCUAAAUCCAUUAAUCUAUGCAAUCUCCAACAAAUAUUAUCGUGAGGGAUUUAUAGAAUUACUCCGUUGUCGAAUAACUGUUACUUUAAAUCGAGUUUCGAUACUACCGUCAUCAUUUGCUAAUAAUUCACACAUUAAUACUGUCGUAAAGGCAUGGGAAAAAGAAAGUGACUUUACGUUAUCAUAA